CGGGUAACUGUUGCGACUGUCCUGGAGCUUUGCGGCAGAGCGCGGGGAUACGUUUUCGGUGACGCGUGUUGUGUAACUUGCAUUCGAAAUCCGAAGGUAUUUUAAGAGUUACCACAGUCACCAGCCAUACCUAAGGGAAAAUGGGACGCUCCUCCAAAGACAAACGUGAUAUUUACUACCGUCUGGCCAAGGAAGAAGGGUGGCGAGCUCGUAGUGCAUUCAAACUUCUUCAGCUGGAUGAAGAAUAUCACUUAUUUAAAGGUGUCACCCGGGCUGUAGAUCUUUGUGCAGCACCUGGUAGCUGGAGUCAAGUUCUCAGCCGAAAGCUCAAAGGAGAAGAUCCCAAAAAUGCAGAUAUCAAAAUAGUGGCAGUAGAUUUGCAAGCCAUGGCUCCAUUGCCAGGAGUCAUUCAAAUCCAAGGGGACAUCACCAAGGUUUCAACAGCUCAGGAAAUCAUUCAUCAUUUUGAGGGGCAACCAGCCGAUCUGGUUGUAUGUGAUGGAGCCCCUGACGUGACUGGACUCCAUGAUAUAGAUGAGUACAUCCAAGCCCAACUGUUGCUUGCUGCCUUGAACAUUACUAUGCAUGUCUUAAAGAAAGGGGGGACAUUUGUAGCUAAGAUAUUCCGAGGGAAGGAUGUCACUCUUCUCUAUUCCCAGUUGAAGAUAUUCUUCCCUGAUGUGACAUGUGCCAAACCCCGAAGUAGUCGCAACUCUAGCAUUGAAGCCUUUGCUGUUUGCCGAAACUAUAGUCCCCCUGAAGGUUAUGUGCCAAACAUGUCCAAUCCCCUAUUGGAUCAUUGUUACGAUGUGGAUUUUAAUCAGCUGGAAGGUCCCAAUCGGGUCAUUGUCCCUUUCCUGGCUUGUGGCGAUCUGAGUGCUUAUGAUUCCGAUCGGACCUACCCGCUACAGCUGGAUCCUGAGAAGGAGUAUACCUACGUGCCCCCGACCCAGCCGCCUAUCCGUCCUGCCUACGAAGAAGCCUGCUUCUUAAAGAAACACAACCUCCUUACCAAGGAACAAGGGCCCCACCCUCAGCUUUCAGUGCCAGGGGCUUCAAAUUUUCCUUCAGAGACUGAGGUCGUAGAUGCCCUGGAGGAACUGUCAAUGUAACACAAUCACAGGAUUGUGUUACACUGACCCUCUGUCAGGUUGAAAGACUACAUUUUAUCUUCUGAAGGAGCAAAGAUAGAAAAGAUGAGCUUGUCUGGAGAGUUGGACCUUUGAGGGUGCUUGUUCUCAGGACACAUUAGUACUACAACAGGCCUUCGGAGUCAUACUGAAAUGCAAAAGAACUUUGCCCUUCCAAUAUAUACACAUAAUCCUAGACAACCUGGCUAUCCAGCAGCAGACUUCAGAAGGAGACUGCAUAUAACAAGAGAUUGGCCAGGGCUUUCGUGCAGGACCAUCAUGUUAGACAGCCUGGUUGUUACAGAGCAGCUUGAGAAUCUUGCCUCUUUCAUUCCCACUUCCUGCCUUCCCCCCCCCCCUUUUCCAAAGGGGAGAACUUGUAAUGGUUGAAACCACGGUCACUUCUUCUUCGUCCCUUUUUCAGUUUGUCCUACUCCAAGAUCUCCAGAUCUGCAUGAGAGUGACAAUUGAAGCAACCACAGAGAUGGAGCGCUUUUGCAGGGCUCUUUAUCUCAAUCAUAGAUACUGAAAGUCAGCUAGGAAGGGGAGUGUAGUUUCACUCCAGAUCAGUGGUUCUCAACCUUCCUAAUGCCGCGAGCCUUUAAUACAGUUCCUCAUGUUGUGGUGACCCCCAACCCAAAGGGAUCUCCAAGCCCGUACCAACGCCACCCAUUCACCCACUGCCCCCAGGGCUCAGCGUGCCUUGCCUGUCCUCGCCUCACUUCCAAAGAUUGCUGGCCUGCCCGGCUCCAGCUGAUCGGGGAAGGGGCGCAGGAAGGCCACUACGCUGGCUCUGCCCAGCCUGGUUGGAGAAGCACCCAGGCGGGGAGAGGGGGAGAGAGAGAGAGAGAGCCAAGAGGGCGACAGCACCGGCAGAGCUUAGGUCAGCCUCCUCCGUGGAAAGGGCCGCAAAGCAGCACAGCCUCCCUUAGGAGAUGUCGACAGAAACGAAUCUGGCACUGCAACGGCCCCCAGCUUGAAACUGUGCGGAUACGGAUAGAGGAGCGGUAUCUCGGCUCCUAAGACCAUCGGAAAUAUGUGUUUUCCUAGUUAGGCGACCCCUGUGAAAGGGUUAUUCGACCCCCAAAGGGGUUGGUCUCGGCUCCUAAGACCAUCGGAAAUAUGUGUUUUCCUAGUUAGGCGACCCCUGUGAAAGGGUUAUUCGACCCCCAAAGGGGUUGCGACCCACAGGUUGAGAACCACUGCUCCAGACAGUAAUAAGCCUAUUGAGGUAACUGAAACAUUGCAUCUUUGUCAGUUCUUUUCUAAAGUGAGAAAAUGGAUAACUUGAAUGCUCGUUUAAUGUCAGAUCUAGGGAUGAAAACUGCGCAUGAGCUUGCUCUUGUUAAUUUAAAGGAUGUUUAACUUAAUUUCUGGUUAGUGUGCACCUUUUCCUAUUGUAUUGCUCAAAACUGCAGCAUUUAUUUUAAUAAAAAAUUAUCAUUU